UGAAGUUGAUCAGUCGGCUUAGAAAGUUUUCUAGAAGGGGUGGUAUUGGAAGGGCUUAAAAAAACUUUGGGUUUUGUGCACAGAUUUGCAAUUAUUUGCAGACAGAACAUUUAGCAGUUUUUAUUUAUUUAUUUUUUCUUCCAAGGAAAGAACUUUUGAAAGCGUGUAUCCCCAUACUGGUUAAUUUGCACCUUUUUGGUGACAUUUGGUUAAUUUAUAGAAAUAUAUAUUUUUUUGCUUUGCUUUUUUGCCUACAGCAUGUGAAGCUAACUGAAUUUUGUGAACCUGUAGAGAGAAAAACAAAACAAAAACCCUCUGUCGUUUGAGGUAUUCUGCAGGGUUGUGUUGCAGGUGCUGUAGAUGCUGAAACAUAAUUCUUGAAUUGACAACUCCUAAAAUCUUUUUUUUUUUUCAAGUUUCAUUUUUGUUGUAAUUUAUCGAAACGUAUUCGGUGAGCAGAGUCACGCUUAGUUGAAUUUUGAAGACUUUUCUUUGGACGACUUCAAUAAAGACUUUUAUUGUUAUUACUGCAGUACUAUUAUUUUGCGAUAAGAAGAUGAUCAGUUUUUGCCUGUUGCUGUCAUUUUUCAUGGGACUGCCCCAAUGCACGGGCUCUUACGUCCAUUGCGACCCCUGUGACGAGAAAGCCCUGUCAAUGUGCCCUCAGGUCCCGGUCGGCUGUGAGUUGGUUAAAGAGCCGGGCUGCGGCUGCUGUAGGACCUGCGCCCUGUCAGAAGGACAGCAGUGCGGCGUGUACACCCAGCAGUGCUCCCAAGGACUUCGCUGCUUGCCACGAAACGGCGAAGAAAAGCCGCUUCACGCUCUGCUGCACGGCCGAGGAAUGUGUAGGAACGAGAAGGGAUACAAAGAGCACCAUCCACCCACCGAUCAUGAUUCACGAGAGCCUGAUGACAUCCCUGAGAUCACAGAGAAUCCACUCCCUGCCAAGGUGCCUCUCCACAACAAGAACCGAGUGUCUGACAAGAAGGCCGAGGCAUUGCGCAAAGAAAAGCGGAAGAGGUUGGAAAAAUCCAAGACUGUCAUUCAGGCGGAUUACACCCCCUACCCCAUCGACAAGCAGGAAACAGUCUAUGGUCCAUGCCGAAGACAGAUGGUAGAGAUUCUUAAGCAAUUAAAAAACUCAUCUCGAAUCUUAACCCAGGCACUGUACCUACCCAACUGCGAUAAAAAGGGCUUGUACAAGCGGAAACAGUGCAAGCCGUCCCAUGGGCGGAGGCGUGGAAUCUGCUGGUGUGUGGAUAGGUAUGGGCUGAAGCUUCCUGGCUCCGAGAACAAAGGUGCUGACAUCCACUGUCAGGAACUGGAGAGCAGUAACAAUGAGUGAGGUGGAAAGGAGGGGUCCAAUCACCACACUCCCCGAGAAGGUGACCCAGGGCCUUCCUCCUUCCCUCUUGCCCACCCGCCAGUCACUUCGGGAUAGAAAACCUUUUCAUAAAAGAAAAAUAAAAGGAAAAGGAAAAAAGACAUUUGAACCUUCAACUGUGCGCUCAUCUCUAAAUAGCUGGGCUCUCUGGCUCUCUGCUCUCCCUCUGUCUUUGUCUCUCUGUCUUGGGGCCUCUGUGGAAAGGGCUGGGUCAAAGCACUUGAUUUGUAAUAUAUAUAUAUAUAUAUAUAUAUAUAUAUAUAUAUAUAUUUUUUUUUUUUUAUACAAACUGAGGUUUGAGCACAACACUUCUUUUUCAAAAAAACAGAAAGAGAAGACUGUGAUGACAGGACUGUCUUUGUCUUUAUGUUUCUUACUUUGUAAAGCCAGGAAGUAGCAAGAACUAAUACUAAAGGCUAUUUUUUUAUUAUUUUAGUUAAUUGUAUUAUUUUUAAUUUUAUUUUCAUUUUAUUUUCCGACAAGUUACGUAGCUGCAGAAAAAGUUCUCCUUAUCCGGACGUUUGUCUUGUCAGAGCACUUACUUAUGUUGGAGGAGAGGAGGGGAGAGAACCUUGUUAGCUGUAACAUUUACAGUUUGUGUGUUUGUAUGUGUCUGCAUUUACUAUGUAUGUAUAUGUGUAUAAAUUGGGCCCAGUUUUAUUGUCGUUGGAUAGGUCAUCUCUUACUGGCCGGUAUACACAGUAUACAUACCUGGAGUUUCAGCAAAAAUAAUUCCUGGUGCUCUGUGACACCGACCAUACUCAAACAUGCCUAUGUCUGUGGACUGGCGGUUUUGAAACACCCCAUAGGUAAAUGCUUAAAAUAUAUUACUUGCUAGGUUUCUUAGUUGACUGAGGAUCACCAUGUCUUUGUGCUAUAUUCUUGCCUUCAGUGGAGUAAGAUAUAACUUCCAGGACAUUUUGAGCCAUUUUUUUGAUUAUGUAUAGAUAGCAGCAGAGGUAUAUUCAUAUAAACAUCUAUGUACAGGUGGCCAGUAAGAACGCUCUUAAAAAACAAUGUGUUAAUAAGAACUCGCUAGCCCCUGAAAAAGCACCUUUCUUAACAAAUGAUACAGGCAAGUCUAAAACACAGCCUUUUUUUCAGUAGCAAGAACCAUUUUCAUUGAUCCUUUCAGGUUCUAGCUAACAAUGUUUGGCUGUUUCUGUUUUCUAUGUAAAACCAGGGAGGAACAGUUUUCUCUCACCCCUGGGUUUCCAUGAGCAGAUGCUAUCUAGCUGGAUACUGUUUUUGUCUGCACUCUCUUCAAAUGUUAAAGUGAUUGUAAAUGUUAUCCUUAAAGAGACACAAACAUAAAAACACACACCCUUUACAGUGGGGUCUCAGUUAUCUGAAAUUUAUGGAGCGACCUUUUUGUUAUACAUUUAAAAAAAAAAAAAACUAUAUGCAAAUACAGUUGAAAUGCGUAAAUGUGUCAGUCUGGUUUUGGGAUUAGUGACAUGAACAAGGUCAUCCAUUAAACAAACAAACAAUAAAAAAAAAUCACCUCCAACUGGCCAAACAUGUUCAAUUCUAUUCCAGGACAGCAGGCAAAAACUGAAUGAGUGGCAAUGCUAAUUAUAACAGCUGCUACAUUAUAUAAGUACCAUGUAGCCUGCAGUUACAAUGUUAUAUAAAAAGCAGUUGCAGUAGAUGACUAGAUUGAAAAUACCUGUGCUGUAGUUAGUCAUUAAAUGUUUUUAUUUGUGGUAGAGCAUAACUCUUUUACAAAUUCACAAAUUGACAGCUAUUUAUAUCUGUUAAUUGUUUCGACAAACAGUACUUGUGAGACUUCCGAUAUAUAGCAAAAAUACAGUUGACAAGAGAUUCUUUCUUUUCUCAGUGGGCAGAAAGUGACCAUUCCAUAAAUGAAGUCAUUUUUUUUUUGUUUUUUUUAUCAAAAACCUGACUGGGUAUGUUGAAGUUGAGAGGCUUUCAGUAAGCUUUACUGAUGUAAAGACAGCAUCUAAAUCCUUCUGUAUUGUGUUUUUCUUUAAUUUUCUCUCUCACUGUCACACUCUCUCGCGCAAUGACCCAUUGCUUGCCCAGUUCACACCCUGACUGACCCCAAUACCUGGAAACCCAUGUCAAAAUAAGCUGACUUUUACUGAGCUAUUUGUGGCUUUAACGUUCAUAUUUUAAAAAGUGCUGCACCCAUAGUAGUUAUUUUCUCCUGCUUUAUUCCCUUCCUGAAGCUUUAAAAUGGGGUUUUUAUACAUUGUCCGGUCUGCAGAAAUCUGUUAGUAACAUAUAACGUUUAAACCCAUUGCAGAAGUGUUUGUAUCCUGUGAAA